CUACUAACAUACAUUUAGAGACUGAGAGAGAAGGAGAGAGAGAGAAGGAAAUAGAGAGGGAGGAACUGGAGCAAACAUGACAUGAGGAGCGCACUGAAAACAAGCAGCACUGUGUUCACACUCUCGCAUUUACCUGCGCUAAUCGGAGAGCUGGUGUUUUGAAAAGUGUCGGGGUGUGUGUGUGUGGGUGAGUGCGUGUGUGAGGGCAGCCGACCGGCGGCCGAUGCGCAAAGCGGAUUGUUGGACAGGAACUGGACUGUCUGUACCCUCUGUGGAUUCAGUCAUUCUUAAAGGAAAGGGUCUUUCAUCUUGCAGUCAACUGCAGAGAGAAGAGAGACAGGCAGAGGGAGGGAGAGCGAGAGUGAGGCUCCCCAAGAGACGGACACGCUGAGGUAGACAGACCGACCUACAUCCUGCUGUUUGUGCGGAGAUCUAGGACACUUCUCCGACAGCUUAUCUCAGUGUGCCGCUCUUAUGCUAAACCUUUAACAAUCAACAGCAGGAGGAGAAAAAAGAAAACUGUCUCAUCCACUCAAUUUUAAGGAAUUUUGCGCUUUUCAAUGCUGAUCUGAUCCACUUUGGGUCUGUGAUACUGAAGAGUCUGGACACUGAACUAAAACCCCUUCAAGUGGAUAAAUGAGGGUUACUAAUGCUGAACUCCAGCUGUUCUUCAUCUUUUUGGCUAAUUUGGACACUUGACUCUUCUUCUGUCAUAACUAGAGUGAACCAGCAAUAAACAGACUGAGAACUUUUGGAGAAAACUUCAAUCACCACCCCCUCCUCCCCUUGACCUCUCACCUGGUUCUUUCCUCAGUCACCCAAGCAACAUAUCAAACUGGCUGCCACAAAACAAGAAUGGAAAAUCUGACUUCAGCUCUCAAAACAUUAAACAAGAACUCAGGGAACAACCUAAAUUGCCUUGAGACCUUCAGCGGUUAUGAAGAGUCUCUCCCCUCUGUCCAAGGACCUCCGGCUCGCAUGGGGCGCCUCAUCAAACCCAAACCCAAUGCUACCUGCCGGCGAAAGCGUGAGUUCAUUUCUGAUGAGAAGAAGGACGCCUCCUACUGGGAGAAACGUCGCAAGAACAACGAGGCCGCCAAGCGCUCCCGGGAGAAGCGACGUCUCAAUGAUAUGGUUUUGGAGAACCGUGUCAUUGCACUGAAUGAUGAGAAUGUGAGGCUCAAGACAGAGCUGCUCCAGCUGAAGCUGCGCUUUGGCCUUAUAAGCACUGCUUCAUAUAUUGAAAAGAGCCAGCAGAUUGGUGGGGGCAACAACACAGGAAAUGGAGGCUCGUCCUCAUCCUCCUCUACUCAGUACUACUCCAGCGGUUACUCUAGCGGCUCUCAGGUGAUGAUGAACUCUGACUCCUCGGAAACAGAGCAGUCAGGACGCAGUGAGGGCCACAGGCAGCUGGUGAAAUACUCCCCACGCGGCUCCCUCUCCGACAUGUCUGACGGCUCCUCCAGGGACAGCCCUGAGCCGAUCCCCUUUGAGAUCAAACAGGAAGGUGACAGGCUGGAGAUGGACAUUGCCAACGGCACCACAACCCAGAUCAUGUUUAACAUCCACCGUGGUCUGGCUUCUGUACCCACUCACCAUCAGAUCCAGCAGCAUUCUCAGGAGCUGGAGGCUGCAUAUCACAGUCAACAGCAGCAGCAACACCACCUUCACCAACAACAACACCAGCCCCAUCAGGAGCCUGUAAGCGCUAUCAGCACUGUUAACCAGCCGGCCCCUCACCCACCUGCUGCCCAGAGGAGCGUCAUUCUGUACGGCUCCAGCAGUGCCUCCUAUCCUGUGGACACUCAUACAAGGCCCCAGGACAUUGAUCUGCAGGCAGCUCAGAAGCAGAGCAGCGGCAGCAGCCAGACGUGCGUCAGUCGUCUGCCCCAGUCCAUUACAGAGAGCUCCACAGAGACACUGGCUGAGGUGACAAAACAGCUGGAGAGGAAGACAUUAGACUCCCCUCCAUAUGAGCUCUCAGACAGCCGUAAUGAGGCUGGAGAGAGACAGGUGUACAGAGUUUGCCAACUUCCCCAGCAGCACCUGCAGCAGGAGCAGCAGCAGCACCAACAGGAGAGUGAUUCGUCUCCAGAGACCCCCCACAAACAAGUGGAGGGGGUCAACCACUCUCACCUGUACCACCAUCUCCAGCAGCCACAUCAUUCAUACCUCAGUGCCCAAGACGAGGAGCCACCUGUGCUUACCUACGAGGGCGGGCCCACGAGUGAGGCUUACUACCAAGGCCAAUCAAGCUCCUCCAGCAAGGACACCUCAUCCAGCGAUGGAGAUCCCCGCAGCUCUGACAAAGAAGCCUCCACGGAUGAUGAUGAGUCCCCUUCCUCGUCCUGCUCAGACAUGGGCAGCUACCACAACCAACCGCUUACCAGCCUCCACCUUCCUGCCUCACCUCUGCCAUCCUCCCAGGGCUGCUCUCAGGCCCAGGGCCGGGAUCCCCAGGGGGAGGUGAAGGGCACAGCGUUGCCCCACAAACUCAGACUCAAACACCGGGCCAUGAGCACCGGGAGCAGUGGGGGCAACUGUUCCGGCCAGGAGUCUCCAACCACGCCUCCCUCUGCCACACCGCCUCCGCUGCCCCAGCAUCCCUACUUCUCCCUCACUCCACCACAGAACAUUAAGCAAGAAAGCCCGGGUGGAGCCUGCAAGGCAGCCUCAGGGCAGGGGGCCAGGAAGGAGAGUGGGAAAAAGGAGACAGGUGGACGACGAAACAAGAGGCGGGAUUAGGUGACAUUCACUUUCAGAACUUGUCACAACUUAAACAAAAGACACAAGUUCUCCUCUAAGAACUAUCCUGCCAUCAUGCCUUUUUCCUAUAAUCAAAUCCCCUCCUUAAGCCCCCGGGACAGGAAGCUGGGCUUUUGUACUCCCCUACCCCCAGUGUCACCAAAAAAAAAGGCUGGACAUCUUGUAGGGAUGUAUUAUAUUUGUAUAUAUUGUACAGAUUUGUCACUUCUUACAUCCUCUCCAUACUUACAAAGCACUUUUGUUUAUGCGAUGAGAGGAGGAAUGGAACUGUCUGCUUUUCUACUUUUGUCAUCCAACAAUAUACAGUACAUCAGCAAAAGCACAUUUUGAUCACUUCCAAACAAGAAUGUGGGGGGAAAAAAAAGUUUUGAGCUUUAUCAGUGCGAUAAAUUUGGUACAUAUCUGGCUGUAUACAAGCAUACACGUGUAUGGCCUGUAAUCUGCCUUAACUAAAAAUCAAAUGCAAACGUACACUGGUGACAUUUCCUUGACCAAAGAAGCACCAACAUCAACAACACUACAAAUAUUAAGUUCCAUACCUCUUCCCAGGCCCUACCUCUACCGACCCACACCCCUCCCAACCAUCUCCAUCAUUUCACAAAAGAUCGCCAUCACCUUUAUUUUUUAAGCACUUGGUUUGUAUAUUACUGUGAUAUAUGAAUAUAUGUAUCUAUUAUAAAUAUAUAUUUUACGAAGAAAUUUGAAUACAAAUUCAACAAAAAUGCGACAAACCUGCAAUGGUAAAAGAGGAUUUUGAACGUGACCAUCCUAAUAUGAAUCACAAUCACUGUACAGCCACAUUGUCUACUGUUGCGACAGGACCCAUUCAAAUUAAAAUGCCUCUCUCUUGAUUGUUAAGCUUUAGCAUUAAUCAUUUGUUAAUGCCCUGUUUACACAGAAAUGGCCGUCCAGUCUGGAGCGCCAACAGCACUGAAUGGAGAACAUGUUGUGUCCUGAGGCAUGGGCCUCAUUAAAAUGUUUGGAUUUCUUAACCUUUAACCAGCCUUUAAAUAUUCGGUGGAAUACACCAGCUGCAGGCUAUAAGCCCUUAGUUUAUUUGAGCUUUAUCAACCGUAUCUUGUUGUUGUUACCAUUUACUGGCCCAAUGUAUUUAUUUCCCUCUUCUCCACACGCCCAUCACUGUAAAAAAAAAAAAAAAAAAAAAGCCCACAGGAACAUAGACAGAGAAUGUGUACAGACCUUAUUAGAUAUGUACUGCAGCCUUGAGUUUGAACUGUAAUGUAGGCAGGGGAUGCUUGGGGGCAAAGGCAGGAGGAAUUAAGUCAUUCAUGGAAACACACUACAGUGCACUGAACAAGUUCCUCUUGUGUAGAGACCUAAGAAGAGAGUCCUCCAAAGUUACUGUACAGUCACUGACAGGAACUGAGGUUUUGUAGUGUGACCAAGCAUGGCCCUUAAGGCUCAUACUGAGUUAUUGUCAAAUAAAAGCUAAAUACAAUACAACAUUUUUCUAACCAUCCAAUUAGAGCCAUUAUCUAAAUUGUUUUUAAAAAAAAAAAAAAAGGAUCUGAGCUUAAAUUAAUGAAGAGAAGGACUUCCCUUGUUUCCCAUGUGCCUCCAUUAUUCAUUUCAAGGGUUAUUCAUCCCUGUCUCAUGGUAGUUCUGCUGGGCAGUGAUGAAUUGCCUGCACUGGAUUCUAGUUUUAAAAAGUCUAUGUACCAUGUUUGGCUUUUUGGUGCUUGUGUAUAAAUGUAAAGUUCCCCUCCACCCUUGAACAACACUGUAAUGUUUAUUUCAUUGGUUUUGUAUCCUCUUUUUUGUCAAGGUGUUGUUCUGUUUUCCUCUAUACUGUGUCUUUUCUCCUGUUGACUGUGAUGACAUGUAUUUGCCUCAUUCCUCCUCCCCUCCCCCCUUUUUCAGUGUGUAUUAAUCAGUAAUGUUUGUGGUUUUGCUGAUGGUUUUAUGAAAAAGACAAGAGGACAAAAAAAAAAGAAGAAACAGGCAAAGAUAGUGUGGUGUUUAGAGAUGGUGGCUGGUCUGGUUGGUCAUUACCAUCGCUUCCUUUUGACAUGAAUACGUAUGUAAAGACACUAAUGUUCAUUGUGGAAGAUGGGAGCAUUUCAAGAUCGAAAAACAAAAUAAAAAGAAUGUUGACCUAUCAACAUAUCAUGAAAAGA